CUUGAACAAGAAUGUGAAUUUGACAUUGCUGACAUAGUGAGUGGACAUGGAGAUGAGGCCGACCGGCAGCAGCAGACUCAGACUGUGCACAACCUUGAGCUGGAAGCGGUGCGCCUGAGCCUGAGCAACAUGCAUACGGUGCAGCUGGAGCUGACACAGGCCAACCUCCAGAAGGAGAAGGAGACGGCCCUGACAGAGCUGCGUGAGAUGCUGAACAGCCGGCAUGCCCAGGAGCUGGCCCUGCUGCAGAGUAGGCAGCAGAGUGAGCUGGAGCUCAUUCGGGAGCAGCACGCUCAGGAGAAGGAGGAGCUGGUACUCAGGUGUGGACAGAAAGCAGCUGAGCUGAAGGACAAGUUACAAUCAGAAAUGGAGAAAAGCGCCCAGAUGAUAGAGACCCUGAAGCAAGACUGGGAAUCUGAAAGAGAUUUAUGCUUAGAAAGUCUGCGCAAAGAAUUGUCUGCGAAGCACCAAACGGAAAUGGAGGAUUUACAAAACCAGUUUCAGAAAGAACUGGCAGAACAGAAAACUGAGUUAGAGCGGAUGUAUCAAGCCAAAAACCAGGCUGAAUUCACCUUGAAGAACCUGGAGACUCAGCAUCAAGCAGCCAUUAAGAAGUUACGUGAAGAUCUACAGUCUGAAUGUUGCCAGUAUUUAGAAGAUUUGGAGUUAAAGUUUAAAGAAAAGGAAAAGAACAAACAGCUAGAGCUAGAGAAUCUUCAAGCCUCCUACGAAGACCUGAAGGCACAGUCACAGGAUGAGAUCAGACGCCUGUGGUCCCAACUCGACUCCACAAGAACCAAUAGGCAGGAGCUGAGUGAGUUACACGAGCAGCUCCUGGUUCGGACAUCUCACGUAGAGGAAUUGGAACACCUCAAGCGAGAUUUUGAACAGCAGCAGCAGCAAGAAAAAGCCCAACACGAGUCUGAAUUGGAACAGUUGAGGAUUUAUUUUGAAAAGAAAUUAAAAGAUGCUGAAAAAACUUACCAAGAAGACCUGACUCUAUUACAACAACGGUUGCAGGAGGUGAAGGAAGAUUCUUUUCUGGAAUCUGUGGACAUCAGUUCUUCCUGUGUAUGUUUAGAAGAGACAUCUGAAAAAGAAAGAAAAGACGACCUUGAUCAACUUAACCUUCACCUUGAGCAACAUAAGGAGACCCUGACACAUUUUCAGAUGGAGUUAGAAGAUCACAGGCCUGAGUUUGAAGCAUUGGAGUCUCCCCUCUCUGUCCAGCAUGAGGGGCACAUCUUGAACAGAUUCCUCACGGAGACUGCGGUGUUGGGGCAGGACCAGCAUCUGGAGCCCUCAGAGGAGCACAGCCAAGAACUCACUCAGGUACAUCUCCAUGGUGUGCAGGACAUGACCUUGGAGAUUGACACAGAGGUGGCAGCCAGAGUCUUGGGUUUGGAAACAGAGCACAAGGUUAAACUUUCGCUUCUUCAGACUGAGCUCAAGGAAGAAAUCGAACUCUUAAAAAUAGAAAACAGAAAUUUACAUGAGAAGUUGCAGCAUGAAAUCCAUCUGAAAGAAGACUUGGAGACAGUAAAACAUAAUUUAGUUGAAGUCCACCAGGAAGAACUAAAUAAAGCUAAGGAGAAGAUUGAGCUAAUGAAACAAGCAAUCAAAAAAAAAGAAGCAGACUGGAAAGUUGUACGUGAGGAUUUAAGGAGAGAAGCUGAAGAGAAGCUAACAUUAAUGCUUCUUGAACUGAGAGAAAAGGCUGAAUCUGAGAAGCAUUUAAUAAUAAACAAGUUUGAGCUUCGAGAAACUGAAAUGAGGCACCUUCAGGACCAGCAGGCAGCUCAGAUCCUGGACCUGGAGAAGUCCCUGAUGGAGCAGCAGGGCCGCCUGCAGCAGCUGGAGCAGGGACUUGCCACGGAUGAGGCGCAGGACGUGGAGCACACCAUGCUCCAGGUUAAGGAGGACUGUGCCCUCCAACUGAUGAUGGCCCGGAACAGGUUUUUAGAAGAGCGUAAGGAAAUCACAGAGAAGUUCAGUGCGGAACAAGAUGCUUUCCUGCGAGAGGCCCAGAAGAAGCAUGCCCACGAGCUCCAGCUACUUCAGGAGAGGCAACAGGAGAGGCUCUUGGCUGUGACGACAGAGCUCGAGGCCAGACACCAGGCAGAACUUGGUGAGCUGGCAGCUUCCUUAGAGAGUGAGCGGUGGACCCUGCUAGAUGCUCGUGUGGCUGAACUGCAGACAAAACAUGCCGCUGAAAUCAGUGCUUUGGAAACAAGACACUUGUCAAACCUAGAUUCCCUGGAGUCCUGUUACCUGUCUGAAAUUCAGACCAUCCGGGAUGAGCACAGGCAGGCUCUAGAACUUUUACAAGCAGACUUUGAGGAGCAACUGCAGAAAAAGGACUCUUUUCAUCACAUAAUUUUGACUCAGGAGUUGGAGAAACUCAUGCUGAAACAUGACAAGGAGCUUCAGUCUGCAAAGGACAGCCUAAGAAUGGAAAUGAGCACUGAGCAUGUUGAGAGUCUGAGAGCCCUGGCCCACAAGCUGCAGGGAGCACAUCAGAGUGAAUUUGAAAGUGGGAAAAAAGGUGCUGCACGUGAAAAGGGAGAGGUACCUAGGUGUGAGAGUGUGCAAGCACCGUCUCCUCACCCAGAGGAGGGAGCAUCCUCAUCUCUGCAGCUCCAGGAAAAGAAUCACCAGAUCCAACAGCUGAAAGACCAGGUUUUAUCCUUAAGCCACGAGAUAGAAGCCUGCCGUUCUGAACUCGAGAUGCUGCAGCAGAGGCGGGAAAGGGAGAACCAGGAAGGUGCAAACCUUAUCUCUAUGCUCAAAGCCGACAUUGACCUGUCUCAUGGUGAAAGGUCAGCCCUCCAGAGCAUCCUGCGGAGGCUGCUGAGUUUGUUAGGAGAGAUACUGCAGGCAGCCAUUGCCCUGAAGAACCGGAUUGGCGAGUGUGUGGGGCUCUGCCUGGAUGAUGCAGGUGCAGGCCAGGCCCUGUCAGCAGCUCCAACACUGGAGGAGACAUGGUCUGAUGCAGCCACACUGGAGCAGGACCAAACUUUGUCUGGAUGUGCAGAGAUGUCUUCAAUGGCAGACAUCAGCAGUCACAUACGUGAGAGCUUUCUGAUGAGCCCAGAGAGUGUGCUGGAGUGUGAACAGCCUGUUCGGAGGGUCUUUCAGAGCCUUGCCCUGGCUGUGGAUAGCCUCCUGGAGAUGGCCCUGGGCUCCAGCAAGCAGCUGGAAGAAGCACGCCAAAUUCAUUCUCGUUUUGAAAAAGAAUUCAGUGAUAAAAACGAGGAGACGGCACAGGUUGUUAGAAAGCACAAGGAGUUGCUGGAAUGCUUGAAGGAGGAGAGUGCAGCCAAGGCAGAGCUGACGCUGCAGCUGCACAAGACCCAGGGCAUCCUUGAAGGAUUCAAGGUGGAGAAGGCUGAUCUGCAGGAGGCGCUGGGCUGCAAGGAGGAAUCCGAGCAUCAGCUUGUCUUAGAACUGGAGAGCCUGAGGCAGCAGCUGCAGGAGGUAACCCAGGAGCAGGCCACACUGAGGGAAGAGUAUGCCCGCCUAUGGAGUCAGAAGGAAGCUUCGGCUAUGGAAAUGGAAGAAAGGGAGACUGCUCUGCGGAAGGAAGUAGAGGAUUUGACCCAGGAGCAGUCGGAGACUAGGAAGCAGGCUGAGAAGGACCGCUUGUCCCUGCUUUCCCAGAUGAAGGUUCUUGAGUCUGAGCUGGAAGAGCAACUCUCUCAGCAUCAAUGGUGUGCUAAGCAGGCCGAGGAAGUCACUGCUCUGAAGCAGCAGAUGGCAUCUCUGGACAAGCACCUGCGUAACCAACGGCAGUUUAUGGAUGAGCAAGCUGCAGAACGGGAGCAUGAGCGUGAGGAGUUCCAGCAGGAGAUUCAGAGGCUGGAGGGGCAGCUCCGCCAGGCUGCCAAGCUACAGCCUCACGGCCACCUUGACAGUCAGUACACACAACUGGAUGGAGAGAUUGAAUUGUUACAACAAAAACUGAGAGAAAAAUCAGAUGGAUUUAAUGAAUUAGCUAUAAAGAAAGAGAUAGCAGAUAGACAAGUGUUAAUUCAGGAAGAAGAAAUUAAACGUCUGGAGGAGAUGAACAUCAACACCAGAGCAAAAGUGGUCCAGUUCCAGGAAGAAUUGGAAAAACAGAAAAAAAUUGUGAAAGAGUUACAACAAGAUAAAGAGGCACUAAAGGAACAGCAGAUGAAUAACUUGCUUCUGGUGUCCACACUGCAAUCUAAACUAGAUGAAGGCAGAUGUCCUGUGCUUCCUUUGGGCAGCCCUCCCAAGGGCUCAGAAGUGCAGUUAGAGGCGACGCAGAGGGCACUCCUGCAGUGUGAGAGUGAGGUUUUGGACUUAAAAGGACAACUAGAAAAGAUUGAAGAUGACUUAGUAAGUAAAAAUGAAGAAAUACUACAUCUGAACUUACAAUUAGAUAUACAGAACAAGCAAACAGCUGUUAGCCUCAGAGAACUUCAGGAAGAGAAUGCCAACCUGAAGGUUGUAUACACCCGCAGUUCUGAGAUUGAAGAGCUGAAAGCCCUUGUUGAAAAUUUGCAAGAAAACCAAGAGCGGUUGCAGAAGGACAAAGCAGAAGAAAUUGAACAGCUCCAUGAAGUAAUUGAGAAGCUGCAGCGGGAGCUGGCCCUCAUGGGGCCUGCGGUGCAUGAAGUCAGCAACAGUCGGGCAGACAGUCUGCAUAGUGAACUGCUCAGUUCCCAGUCAGUGGGACCUCGUGUUCAGGCACUGCAGGCUGAGCUUGAGGCUGCACUUGCAGCCCAGGAGGCCCUGAGUCGACUGCUGGCUGACAGGGAGCGUGGGCAUAGCCAGGCUCUGGAGGCCCUGCAGCAGCGCCUGAGGGGUGCAGAGGAGGCCGCAGCCCAGCAGCUGGCUGAGCUGGGGCGCAGUACAGCCCUCAGGGAGGCUGAGACUGAGGGUAUGGCCUCCCGGAUCCGCGAGUUCGAAGCUGCCCUGAAAGCAAAAGAAGCGGUGAUUGCCGAGAGAGAUUUGGAAAUUGAUGCGAUGACCCAGCGAACUGUGGCCCACUGCACUGAGCUGGAGGGUGUCCUAUCCGCCCUGGCCCAUGUGCGCUGCACCCUGGAGCAGCUGCCUCUGGCCACCUCAGAUGAGCCUCCUGAGUUGCAGCGUCUCCGCAUACAGUGUAUCCGCCUCAGCCGCCAGCUGCAUGUAUUGAACCAGCACUUCCUAAGGUGCCAGCUGGAACUGGACAAGCAGCAGGCCUGUGGGGCUGCAGCCCACAUGCAGAUGCCUCUAAGGGAGGGCUGCAUUGAGCCGCGAGUGCCCAGGGAUGCAGAGGCCACCUGUGAUGACAUGCUGCAGAGGGGUGUUGGCGGGAGGCUGACCUUGAGCCCCCAUGGCCAGGACCCUGACCCAAGGGAGGACCAGCAGCCUGCCAAGGUCCUGGUGACAUUGAAGGAUGCAGGGAUCCAUAGACAGGAAAGGCUGAUGUCAGUGCUCACCAUCUGCCAGCGGCGGCUACAGUCAGAGCUUCUGUUGGUGACAAAUGAGAUGUGCUUGGGUCUGGAGGAUGGCGGCAAAGGUAAGGAGAAAGUACUGGAAGAUUGUCAGUUACAGAAAGUCAACCUCAUAGCUCAAGUGAAGCAACUUCAAGAAAAACUGAGCCAUCUGAUGUAUUCUGUGACCUUCCAGGACUCAGACACCACAGAUGUUCAAGUUCAGCAGCCAUUGGCAUUGGCACAUGUGUUAGAAAGUAGUUCCAGUGAUAGUUCUUGUGAUGGCGAAGAAACAGACAAAUUGCCUCCUGUUGGUGCAUUUAAUAUUGAUAAAACCACUGGGGAUCUGGUCGAUGUUACUAAAAAUCAGAAUUCUUUGAUAAGAAAUGGAAUACCACAUUUGCCUAUUCAAGAAGAAUCGGAGUCGCAGGAUGAGCCCUGGUCUUCACAGACUGGUGUGCGCAGUGGCUCCCACGGCCUGAGCGGUGCCCAGGAGGGUGAGACCCUGAAAAGCCCAGUCCGGGUUUUGGAUCUGUCUUUCUGGAGCUCCCCUGAGGUCCUCAGGAAGGAUUCAACCCUCGAGCCACGGCCCAGCCUACCCCUGACACCCUGCUCAGGAGCUUUGAGCCUGCGCAGUGCCGACACGUCCCCACAGGAUAGGCGGGAGACCUCACUGCUGCCACCUGACCAGCUGGGGUCGCUUUGUUACCCGGGUGUAUCCGCAGUGUCACUGGUCCAGCAGUGGGCAGAAUCUCUACCAGCUGUCCACCAUCGUGAGGAGAGCACAGCUAUGGAGAAAGAUGUGGAAGAUUUUAUCAUAACAUCUUUUGAGUCUCAAGAAACAUUAAGUUCACCUCCUCUUGGAUUAGAAGGAAAGAACAAUGGACAUGGAAAAAGUGAUGGCUCAGGUUUUGGAGUCAUACUGAGUCCGGGGUCUGGAGACCCUGAGGCUCCCACUGCUGGUCGUGUGGCCCCUGCUUCCAUUUCCAGAAGGUUCCAACUGCUGCCAGAAGCCAUGAAGGAGAAGGAAGUCCAUCCAAAGCAUGUGCAGGCUUUGCUGCAGAUGGUAUGUGAGGAGAGCCGCCAGAUCCUGGCCCUAUCAGAGAGCCAUGGGCCCCCAAGCACUCUAAGCAGAGGCGAGCCCCGCACAGACCUGGACUGCUUCCCAAGGGAGGCACCGUGCCUGCUGGAGGCACCCCAGAAAGGAGGCAAGACCCAGGAAUCUUCUAACAUGUGCCUUGAUUGGAGAGGAGAAUUUCUGCAGGCCAUCCAAGAGGCUUUUGAGAAAGAGCGGGAACUGCUGAGAGUUGAGCGACAGCCCCGACUCGGUGGCUCAGACCUGGGGGGUCAUAACUCCCUGCUCGAGAGGUUGGAGAAGGUUGUCCAAGAGCAGGGAGAUCUGAAGGAGAAAUCCUUGGAGGACCUUCAUCUGUCUGACAGGAGCAGCCUGCUGUUCGAGAUUCAGGCUCUGCGUGCCCAGCUGCGUAUGACACACCUGCAGAAUCAGGAGAAGCUGCAGCAGCUGUGUGCAGCAUUGACCAGCGCAGAGGCCCAAGGGAGCCGGCAGGAGCACCAGUUGCGAAGGCAGGUUGAAUUAUUGGCCUAUAAAGUUGAGCAGGAAAAAUGUAUAGCAAGCGACUUACAGAGAACCCUGCGUGAAGAGCAGGAGAAAGCAAGCAGUGUGUGGAAGCUCCUGGUGGCAGAGCAGAGUACAGCAAAGGAGCUUCGGGCUGAGCUCCGUGAGUGCCGACAGGACAACGAGAGGCUACUGCAGUCCCUCCAUGAUGUGCAGCAGGAGGUUGUCCAGCUGAGAUCUGUGCUGGAUGGCAAGGAGAACGAUCUGAAGGCCACACUUGAGGAGCUGGAGAGUGAGCGCGGGAGAGAGCGAGCCCUGCAGAGCCGGCUGGAAGAGGAACAACUGCGGCACCUACAGCGGGAGGGCCAGAAUGCAAAGUCCCUGGAGGAGUUGAGAAUGUCUCUGGAGAAGCAGCGUGCUCAGAGCAGUCGCCUCUGUGUGGCGCUGAAGCAUGAGCAGACAACAAAGGACAACCUCCAGAAGGAGCUGCGCAUCGAGCACUCACGCUGUGAGGCUUUGCUGGCGCAGGAGCAGAGCCAACUCUCUGCACUCCAGAAGGACCUGGAGGCAGAGCAGAGCCGCUCGCUGGAGCUGUCAGAGGCCUUGCAGCACGAACGGCUUCUGACUGAGCAGCUGAGCCGCAGGACGCAGGAGGCCUGUGCACACCAGGACACACAAGCACAUUCUGCUUUGCUGAGGAAGCUAAAGGAAGAGAAGUCCCGUGUGGCAGAUCUGCAGGCAGCCCUUGAGAAGGCGGAGCGCCAGGCUGCUCACGCCCAGCAGCAACUCGAAGCUGAGGUUCGGAGGCGCUGUGAGGAACUCUUGAAGGAGAAGGAGGUAAGUGCCACACUGAAGUCCACCGAGGAAGCCCUGCAGACCCAAAGGCAAGAGCUGAGGUGCUCUCAGGAGAGAGAAAGGGAGAGACCGGCGAGGUUACAGGCAGAACUAGAGCAGCUACACGCACGCUUCCAAGAGCAAGAGGGACCUGAGGAUGCAAGGAGGAGCAUGGGGACGAGGCAGAGCCCAGCUGACGGGGAGCCAUGGCCGCAGUGGCAGAGAGACAAGGAGAUGCUGCGGGAGUUGGAACUCCAGCGUCAGCGGGAUGAUCAUAAGAUCAAGCAGCUUCAGCAGACGGUGCGAGAGCUGGAGGCAAGGAACACGGCGCUCCACAGUGACGGCUCCCACCGAGGGGCCGCCAGUGCAGACGUAGACUGUCUCUGCAAGCAGCAGCAGGAGCUAGAGGAGAUGAGGCAGCGGCUCCUCUGUGCGGCUGGACUCCUCACCAGCUUCCUUAGCCAGACCUUGGACAGGACAAUUAAUGAUUGGACAUCAUCCAAUGAGAAAGUAAUAACAUCUUUAUUGAGCAUGUUAGAGGAACUGAAGUCUGAACUGAGCAGGCCUAACUCCUCCCAGAGAAAAAUGGCAACAGACCUGCAAAUCCAGCUUGUGGACGUCUUGCUGAAAGACAAUGAUUCUCUUACAAAAGCCCUCAGCAUAGUGAGUCGAGAGAAAUUGGAGCUGAGCAGGGCUAUGUCCAAGCUUGAAAAGACCCUGAAGCAUCAUCUGCAGAAGGGCUGCAUCCUGAGUAGAUCAGACAGGUCUGCAUGGAAGCAGGAUGGUGCGGUUCUGCAGAGUUCACCACGGCAUACAGACCCAGGACGACUGUUGCUGGCUGCUGGCGAGGAAACAAACACCUGCCACAUCAAGAUGGAAAAACUGUACCUACAUUAUUUGAGAGCAGAGAGCUUUAGAAAAGCUCUGAUUUAUCAAAAGAAGUAUCUUUUACUGUUGAUCGGUGGAUUCCAGGAUUCUGAACAAGAAACACUCUCCAUGAUAGCUCAUUUAGGUGUAUUUCCUUCCAAAGCAGACAAGAAAAUCAUUAUAUCUCGUCCUUUUACAAAGUUCCGCACAGCUGUCAGGGUCGUCAUCGCAAUAUUAAGAUUGCGUUUUCUGGUUAAGAAAUGGCAAGAAGUUGAUCGGAAAGGAGCUCUAGCACAAGGCAAAGCCCCCCGCCCAGGACUCCGAGUGCGGCGGCGGCAGCAGCAGUCUCCACCCAAAACCAGAGAGUCCCCACCCACCCGUGAUGUGCCUUCUGGCCACACCAGGGACCCCACCCUUGGCCCAGGACCUGCAACAGCAGCUUCUCCAAGCAGAAGGGGCAGAUCCACUCCAUCCCCAAAUUCAAGAUUAGAAAGAUCCCUAACUGUUUCUCAAGAUCCAGAGCAGUCCUUGACAGAAUAUAUUCAUCAUUUGGAAAUGAUCCAGCAAAGACUAGAGGGGGUGCCACCAGAUUCCACUUCAAAGAAAUCCUGCUACCAGAAGAUUAAACAAUGAAUAAAAUCCUUGUGGCUGUUACCUGUGACAGACAAUUCUCUUUAAGGAAAAGAUUUGUUUUUCCCUUUUACUAAAGAAGCUUGUGGGAUGGCAUGGGGUAUACUUCAUGUGCUGUGACACUGGGCCUUGAAUGCCAUUAAUUGUUUUCACCUUUAUGAAUUGCUGUAAAGCCAGGUGGAGCAUUUUCUGUGUAACCUCAGUAUGUUUUAGCUCUUUGCCUUCAUGAGGUAAUGGGUACUCCAAUGCGUCAUGGCUAUAUAUGUGCUGUUCUGCACCUGUCGGUGGACCUACCCUGCUGCCCCCAAGAAGGGUAAGCAGAGAAUGGCUUCCUGUUGUUUAUUUUCUUAAAGUGUACAGAUGGAAACUUUGUUUAAAAAUAAAAACAAAACAGUAAGAAAAGAGGGAAUAAAAUUUUAGCACUGUUUUGUGAAUAGCC